GGAGCAGAGCGAGGUCCGGCCGGAGGACAGCAGCGAGGAGCGCGCUCACCCCCGGUGCCGGGAUGGGGCCGCUGCUGCUGGCGCUGGCCUCCUGCCUGGGGCUGGCCGUGGCCUCCGAGGGGGCCACCAACGGCAGCCGGCUGUGCCACGAGGCCCCGGCGUGGCGGAUCAACGGCUCCAGCCCCAUGGAGGGCGCGGCGGGGCAGGUGACGGUGGUGGCCCUGCUGAAGGCCAGCUGACACUUCUGCCUGCUGCAGGCCCGCAGCCUCGGGGCCCUGCGGGAGCGGCUGGGACAGCAGGGGGUGAGCGAUGUCCGCUAUGUGAUCGUCAACGAGCAGGCCCCGCUGUCCCGCGCCAUGUUUGGGGAGCUGCAGCGCCAUGCCCCGCCGGGCGUCCCCGUCCUCCAGCAGCAGCCACACGAGCCCGACGUGUGGCAGCUGCUGGGGGGUGACAAAGACGACUUCCUCGUCUACGACCGCUGCGGCCGCCUGGCCUUCCACAUCCAGCUGCCCUACAGCUUCCUGCACCUGCCCUACGUCGAGUCCGCCAUCCGCUUCACCCACCGCAAGGACUUCUGCGGGAACUGCUCCCUCUACCCCAACAGCACCCAGGAGGCCAACAGUACCAUGGAGGUCCCUGCGACCCUGACCCCGCUUCCCAAACAGGAGGAGAAGGAAUCCGAGACCCCCGCCCACCACCAACCCAACCAUCUCCAUCCUCACCACCGCGCAGUUGGCAACGGGACAGCCCCAGAGCCCAGCGGGGACCACAGACCUGCCCACGCUCACCACCACCAUGGAGCCCAUGGCAAACUCCAUCCCAAGGGCCAGACGCCAGAGGGACGCGAUCCCUAAUCUGGGCAGAACCCACAGCGUGCACACCACGCUGGCUCACUUCCCAGAGGCAUCGAAAGACUUGCUUUGCGCUGCUGGCCACAAGCAGCGUUGGUAUACAGCCCCCUCCACGUGGGUCGCGCUUCCACCCAGUGCCCAGGGAUGAAAAUCCCCCUCUGGCACCCAAAGGUGCUGACCUUUUGGCCCCAAGACUCAGUUCUACCCCUUUUUCCUCUGUUGCCUUCUCUCCGUGCUCAAUGAUGCCUGUGGUGCAAACCGGGACCUCCCCGGUCACCGCAGGCUGACACCGCACGGAGCAGCGGGGCAGGGAUUGAAGGAGCAGAACUGGGACCCGUGGGUGCACUCGGAGCGCCGGGGUGAGCCCGGAGGAGGGGAGUGCUGACGGGGAUCACCGCUCCCUGCGUCCCAACCUUCCCACCCUGUGCACGGGUAUGUGCAGUGGUGGUGGGUGGCCGCAAGAUGGUGGCCGUGUCCCCUCUCAGAAAACAGGGGCUGCCUCCACAGCCCGCAGCCCUGGGAGGAGGAUGUGGGUGGGGGUCCUGGGGUGAAGUGGACAUCCAGAUGAUGAAUAAAGCCUCUGUGAAGUGAACCCUACAUGGCCUGGCCUUUGGGGUGCCCUAUCCCCAGGAGGGUGGGGGUCCCUGGGGCUCCCUACCAGCACAGGACUCAUAGAAUCAUUGAAUCCACGAUGCUGGAAAAGCCCUCCAAGAUGAUCCGGUCCACCUGCCCACCUACCACCCACAUUUCCACAAUAAACCAUAUCCCUUAG